CUCUUGUUUUAUUUUGGCGUGUCCGCUAUUGGACAGGCAUUACUGGAAUACUACGCGAUGCUUGGAAAGGACGGUUACAAGGACACGCUCGCGAUCGUGUCAAAGAUGAACGCCGACAAUAUCUUUUGGAAACGCGAGGUAGCCGUGUACGAUUACCUCCUCUUUGCGCUCAGUCAUAUCUCCGGAAACGAAUCUCGCGCCAACAGGAUUAUCGAGGACAUGCUCGCGAAUGAUCUCGUUCCACGGGAGGAGACCAUGAAGGCCGCAAUCCUGUGUGCGGCACGAUCGGGUGACUUGGAGGCUUGCUCACGGUAUAUUCGGAGGAUGCAUGAGGAAUGGAACUUGACGAUUUCGGAACGGAUGAAGGCCAUCCUGCUGUAUGCUUGCGCGAAGCGUGGAGAUUUCGAGGGCGCGCUUGAGAUACUGGGACAGCUCGGUCGGGCGGGCACGUUGGUCCAUUCGGAGCAGCGGCCUGUAAGAUCGACGAUGGCGACGGCGACAACGCAGAUGGCAAAGAAGGAGGUGGAGAAGUUGCUGAGGGAGCGGGAUGUGGUCGACAACUCGAAUGUGCUCAUGGCGCUGAUUAACCAGACGCAUGCGCGAAGAGGACAUGGGCAGCAGCUGACUCAGGAGUACGUCAAGGAGGAGGUGUCGAAGGUUUUGGAGCUGUUCACAGUGAUGACGAGGGAUUCGAAGCAGGUCGAUACACAGUUGUACACGAUCAUGAUGCAGUACCUCUCGACGUUGCCGUCGCCGUUGCCGGGGAUGAUCUACCUAUACAGGGAGAUGCAUUCGUCCGAGAAGGCCAAGCCGAAUUAUGUGACGUACCGGAUCAUGCUCGAGGCGUGUGCGGAGCAUAUGGACAUGGAUCUAGCGAAGCAGUUGUGGAAGGAUAUGGAGGCGGCUAGGAUCGUGAAGGAUUGUCGGGUGCGCGCGAGUUUUGUCAAGGGCUGGGGACGGACCGGGCAUCUGAAGACGGCGGAGCGGUAUACGCAGGAAGGGAUGAUUGCGCAGAGGGCGAUCGAGAAGGAGAGGAUACAGUAUCAGGUUGGGUUCGUGGUCAGGAACAAGCGCAGGCGCGAGCAAGGGCUGCCGAUCCUGGAAAAGAUGCCGAGAUUGCCGCGACGACAGCGUAUAACGGGCGAGAUGAUUGAUCUGGGAGUAUUGCAUGAGCUGAUGAGGGCGAAUCGGCAGCAUAAUCAGCCGGAGAGGGUGUAUGAGUUGUAUCGGGAAAUCGAUGCAGGCGAAUGGGGUAGGAAGAUCCGGCCAAAUGAAUUUACGCUAUCGAUUGUGUUGGGCGCCUGUGCGUCUGGCACUACGGCGACGGAGCUGGUGGAUCGAGGGAUUGAACUCAUGGACGGGUAUUUCAACCAUCAAAGAUAUGGAUUUAGCGGUCAUACUGCUCCUGAUGGUAGUGCUCCCGAUGAGAUGCCGGACCGUGUUCUCGAUCACGGCCACGGCAGUGACAAUGGCGACGAUGAUGAAGACAAGAGUGAAGCUGGCCGGGAUCGACAGCUUGAAUUACUUGGCUCGGAGACGAUGCCCCGAAAGCAUUUUGCGCCAGGCGAAGGAGGCGUAAAGACUCGACUGCUAUCGGAUGUGAACUACCAGCUGUAUUUUGCGAUGCUGGGACGACACCAUCGACAGCGCAAGAUGGUGGAAGUGUGGGACGAGAUGAUGGAGACGGUUGAGAAGCCGCCGUCGCAUCUGACUGUGAGCCUUGUGACGGAAGCACUGGAGAACGUACAGUGGGGAGCUGGACCGAUCAAGCGGCUGCAGAGGCAGUUGCGAGAGAAGUGGCCAAAGGUCGAUUGGGAUGGAGCUAAGAGAGGCAAGAGACUUGGCGGUGCAUCAGGGGCAGGUGGAGGAGAGGGCGAGGAAGGGUAUGAGGAUGAUUCUGUGGGUGCAGGUGGGCGGUUUUGGAAGUGAGCGAGUCUCUAUGGGGGACAGGACACCGGAGGAAAGCACAGGAG